UUUUAAACCUUGCAUAUAUGUAUACUUUGAUUUUAUAGUUUUUCUCCACAUACAUCGGUGUCAUUGGCUUAUCCGAAGGUCAUAGGAGCUUCAAGAUUCGUGCAUGAUUAGAUUACACCAAUACCCACUCAUAUAGUAACAAAUGUGUACAUGUGCACUUCAAUUCGGUCGUAUUGGCCGAAUCUGGCCUCCCCGUCCCCGAUGAGCACAACGAGAUCGACCCGUCAUGUACAACCCCUGCGCAACGAUGCAAUUGUCAUCUCCUUGAGCGCGAGGCCUAGGAACGAGCGUUGAACUGUUGCCCGAUCCUCUAGUUCUGUCCACGUUCUAGACUUUCAUGUGUGAUUUGAUUUCAUGUUUGCUUAUGUGGUUUGGUUCUUUAUAUAUGUAGAUUUUCAAAAAUGUAGAUUUUCCAGAUCUGCAUGUGUGAAUCUUAUGGAUUUGAUUGGGUAUACCUAUAGAAAUAUGACUUUAAUUAUAUUCGAAUUGUGAAAAUGAAUCAUGAAGAUGAUAUUGUUGGUAAGAUUUAUUCCUAUUUUUUUCUAUCUUUGCGCUCGUUUUCCUUGAUGGGAUAUGGCCAUCUUGGGAACUGACGUUGCCAACGUCCGUGAAUAAGGCUAUAACAUAGAAAUGUUUCUUCAAGAAAUAGGCUUGGGCUUGCAAAUAAAACAUCACUGUAAUGCUGGGAUGUUUUGUAUAAAAUGUUGACGAAUCUCAAAAAGUACGUUGGGCGGCCAAGAUAAGCUCGAGACGCCCACAUAUAUAUAUGUAGACUUUGAUAUCAUGGUGGCCGGUGUCACUGGCUUAUCCAAACGGCACAUGAGCUUCAAGAUUCAUGCAUAGUUAUUUUACAUCAACGCCUUCUCAUAUAGCAAUCAACAUGUACAUGUUCACUUAUUCUGUCGUGCUGGACAAAUCUGGCCUCCCCGUCCCUGAGGAACCCGACGAGAUCGACCAAUCAUGCACCACCCUCGAAAACCUAGAACACCUUUUCCUCCUCACUUUCUCAGCCUACGCCGCCUGACCUUGACAUCCCGCGCAACGAUACCGUCGUCGCCAUCUCCGCGAGUGCGAGGCCUUGGAACGACUGUUUUGAUUCCAUAUUUGUAGAAUAGCAAAAAUAAACAAAAUUCAUCGUAGUGGAUCCAUGCGGUCAGGAAAAACUGGUAAUCUAUUCCUUAAAAAAAAUCUUGGAGAUUAUGUAAUGCUUAUGUGGUUUGGCUUUUUUCUGUAGGUUUCCAAAAACGAUUGUGCUAAUUCUCUGUAAACUGAGAUUUAGGUUACAGCUCAGUAGAAUCUGCAGCCCUUAAAUCGCGCAAAGGUUUGUGCGCCAUCUUCUACCUUGAGCACAUCGAGCGGGAGGAGGGAGGGGGCGGGGAAACGUCCUCUGAGCCAGAGCCAGUGACGGCGUGGCUGGCCGCGUCAGAGAUGGCGACGGUGAGGAUGGAGUGCGGGGUGCCAGCACCGAAGAAGAAGGUGGCGGGGCUUAGAGGGAUGGCCGAGGUGGCGGUGGACCGGCGGAGGGGGGAGCUUGGGGCAGGACAAGACGGUGAGGUGCACAACAGCGCGCCGGCCACAGGCGGGGUGGACAGCGGUAUAGCCGGCGGUGGCUACAGGGAGGCCGGAGGUGGAGAAGAAGGUCGAUUUACUGAGCCCUAGACAGACCCUUCCAAAAAUGUAUGGAUCAUGUACGAAUCUUCCGAUUUGCUUGUGUAAAUCUUGUAGAUUUCGCAUCUGUGGAUCUUCAAGAUUUGCUUGUAUACACCUAUAGAGAUAUGGCUUUAAUUUUAAUUGUGUAGGAAUUGGGAAACUGAAUCUUAAACACCAUAUUAUUCGCAAGAUUUGGUCCGGAUUUUUUUCUAUCUUUUCGCUCAUCUUCCUUGAUGAGAUAUGGCGAUCUUCGGUACUGCCAUUGCCAAACGUCCGUUUCUGAAUCUCCACCCCCCUCCGUCCAGACCCUUGGGUUCAAGCCACUAUUAAUACGGCCAGCGCCCAGCGCCGUCCAGCACAUCACUCUGCUAGCUAGUAGCGAUGGCAUCCUUCACCAUUGCCGCUGCGACUGCUCUGCUUUUCUGCCUCCUGGCCGCCGAUGGCUGCUGCGCCAAGAACAGCAACAAGACCCACCAUGCCCCUCCUUCUCCGGGCACCAGUCCUCCCGCGCCCGUUUCGAGUGCCAACGCCACGGAUGCCGACACGGGCGGCUGGCUGGACGCCAGGGCCACCUGGUACGGCGCGCCCACCGGCGCCGGUCCAGACGACAACGGCGGCGCCUGCGGGUUCAAGAACGUCAACCUGCCACCCUUCUCCGCCAUGACAUCCUGUGGCAACGAGCCGCUCUUCAAGGACGGCAAGGGAUGCGGCUCAUGCUACCAGAUACGGUGCGUGGCCCAGAACCACCCGGCGUGCUCCGGUGUGCCCGAGACGGUGAUCAUCACGGACAUGAACUACUUCCCGGUCUCCCGCUACCACUUCGACCUCAGCGGAACCGCCUUCGGCGCCAUGGCGCUGCCUGGCCGGAACGACCAGCUCCGCCAUGCCGGCAUCAUCGACAUGCAGUUCAAGAGGGUUCCGUGCCUGUACCCGGGCCUCACAGUGACGUUCCACGUGGAGGACGGGUCGAACCCAUACUACAUAGCGAUCCUGGUGGAGUACGAGGACGGCGAUGGAGACGCGGUGCAAGUGGACAUCAUGGAUUCGCGAGAUGGCAUGACAUCGACGGGGGAGUGGGUGCCGAUGAAAGAGUCGUGGGGUUCCAUCUGGAGAGUGGACACGCCGCGCGCCAUGCAGGGGCCCUUCUCGCUGCGCAUCACCAACGAGUCCGGAAAGACGCUCGUCGCUGACAAAGUCAUUCCCGCAGACUGGAAGCCCAAUGCCAUCUACCGCUCCGUCAUCCAGUUCAACUGAUUAUUUAAGUAACCGAUCAAAGAUAUGUACUACUUCCUCUGUUCAUUAAUAUAAAACGUUUU